AUGCAACCGCAACGCCCGCUCCCCCAGGCGACGCCCGGCUCGUUGGGUCAGAACCUGCGCGACAUGGCCAUGGGGUUCGGCCGCGGCAAAAACCUCAUAGGGCCCAAUUUCGCCUACGGUUUCAUCCAGUCCCUCAAAGAGUGCCUCUACUUUCUGCUCUGUUGCUGGUGCAUCAAAGAAAUCUUGGACUGA